AUCAGCUCAGGACCGCCCAACUCCGUGUGCUAGCAAGCACAUAUUCCGUUUAUGUCUUCACCCAUUAUGCGACGCAUUAAUGGCCUAGUAGGUUCCGGAUUACCGGAUAUGAAGGAUUGUCUGCAUCAAACCGUCAGGUACUCUCGGCGGCAACGGUGAGAGGAGUGGGUGUAGGUAAUGGCAUCCCAGAACUUCAAAAGGGCUAGCUUUCGCAUAUCACGAAGUAUUUCUUAAUCACCAACUUCAAAUUGCUUACGAUUUUGGGUCUCGCACUGUUCUCUCUCCUUAACCUGUCGUUUUCUUUACUCCAUUCGCUUCUCUCGCGCAGGUCGCCCGCUAUACUUUCCUUUAGGCCAAGCCUUAAUUGCCUUUGCAAGUCGAUCUCGCGAUUUAUUUGUCAUUUUUUCUACCCAGAAAUCCAUUAUUUAUAGUUAAAUAUGGCAAAGUAUGCAGCUUUGUUGAGUGUUUUGAUUGUGAUGGUGUCCGCACGCUUCAAUCAAGAACAGAUCCCGAUUCCAGCAAUCCAAGCUGUCAACGGUGGCGACCCUGGUGAAGCCCCAACCAUCGCCGGUGCAGCCAUAAGCGACCUCCUCGGAGCCGCCAAUGCUUGCAACAAGCUCGCUCGAGGCGAUCAAAUCCUAGGCCAACUGGGUAAUGGAGCUGAUGCUGUUGCCGCAGCCCAAGGAAUCGUUGGGGCUGAGAAGAACUUCAAUCCCUCCGCAGCCGCUAUCCCAGUCAUCUGUGGAGACCCAGCCCUCCCGUCCAAUCCGCUCAUUCGCGGAAUCACCCCAUUGAUUGAUCCUGACGUUGUCGGCUCUGAUAUCGCAAAUGCACUUGCAGCGCAGACUCUGCAGAAUCCGCUCACCGCGAAUGGCAAAAGCGUGGCUCAGUUGCUCCAGGAGAAUGGGUUCUCGAAUUUCACGGUGCAAAUGCCCGAUGAGUCAACUACGGCGAUCGAAGCGCAAGCUGCUGGCGGAGAGGCAAAUCAAGGCCAACAGAUCAAUGAAAACCAGAGGCUGCAGAUCAAUGGCAAUCAAGGCCAACACAAUGACACGAAUCAGGGCCAACAAAACCAUGGCAAUCAAGGCCAGCAAAAUGACAGGAAUCAGGGCCAACAAAACAAUGGCAAUCAAGGCCAGCAAAAUGACGGGAACCAGGGCCAACAAGGCCAGCAAACGGUCACCGUGACUGUGACUGAGACUGAGGCAGCUGCCUGCACAACUGCUGCCGCGACCGCCGCCGAGGCUACCGCCACAGCUCCUGCAGCUCCCGACCAAGCAGCAGGCAAUGGCGGCAACGGCGGCAACGGCGGCAACGCAGGCGUCCAACAAAGCACCAUCGCCGGCCUCGACUUCGGCCAAUGCGUCCCAACGAUGAAAUUCGAAGGCGGGCUCGGGGGGCGCCCCGCGACGGAGUUCACCUUCCUCCCGAUCGACCCGCUGUGCGCGCAGGGGCAGCAGGAGGCGCUCAACCCGAACAUCAUCACGAAUCGGAUCUGCGACCAGCUGACGAACGUGUGCGGGGCGAACGACGCGGCGAAGGCGGCGUGUCGGGAGGCGCAGGCGGCGAUCGAGGCGCUAGGGACGAGGGAUCAGGGGACGGCGGAUGCGUGGAAUGCGGAGUUGGGGUUUGGGGGUGCGGCGGGAAGGGUGAGGCGAGGCCGGAUUAUGAGGAAGCCGAUUUCUCGGGGGUAG